CGAGCGGCAACGUUGACGAUGGCAGCGGACGACCCGACGAUGCUGGGCAGCAGCGGCGGUGCCAUGCUUCAAGACAUUCUUCGAACGGCAUCGCAGCCUGAAGAAGCCAUUGUUUCCUUCCAAAAGCAGUAUGGGUUGAAGGAAGAGACGACCAGUGCAUCUCUCCAGCUUCUGGAUCUGUUGGGGUGUCGGCGGAGCGAGACCCAUUCCAAACUGCUCGAAGCGAUGGUAGCCGCGUUGCUCAAGCGCAUCCACAGCAAGAAAAUGGACGACGCGCAGCUCCAGAAACUGCUGGAACUCACGUUUCCGUAUCUGGAAAUGCGCGAGCUGCGCGCAAUCCCCAUCGCAGUCCUGGCCACACAAUCGUCGACCCCUGCGUCGUUCCUCCAGGAACUGUGCGACCACGACAACCGCGCGCUGCUGGAGCACUUGCCCUUGCUCGUGAAACGUCGCAUCUGGGCCAUCGCGCCGCACGAACUCCGUGUCGAAGUCGACAAGAUCGUGGCGGCGUACAUCCAGCACAAGCGCGUGCUCCUCCUUCACGCGUCCGACGACCCGACCCCGUUCGAUUUGCAUGUAUCCACAGGCGGCCACCAUCCUCCUCCAUCCCCCGAAGAUCGUCGAAAACACGAUCCCGUCCUCGCCACGUUUACGGACAUGAUUGGCGACUCGGCCGAGCUGUACAUUCAAUGCAUUGACAUGCUUCGCACCAUCGCUGCGUCUGGCGCCGUCCCUGGCACUGACCCAUCCACCACCAACGCUAAGGACUAUGUAUAUCUCGCUUCGUUCAUCGGAACGUUGCGCAACGACGUGGCCAACCUCCAGCGCGACCACGCGACGCCGCUGGGGCGCACGGACCCGCUGCACAAGUUCAUUUGGAUCUUAGACCAUGCCGUCAAGCGCCGAGGUAUGGAGCGUUCCCAUGUCACAGAGCUGCUGCUCGUGGUGCGCAAGCUGCGGCUGCGCGAUUUGCCGCGGAAGGACGACGACGGCAACAUGGCGCUUCCCCCUCCCGUCCCCAAGGAGACACUGCUCAAGCUCGUGGACCAGCUCGCCAAGGCCGACAGCCGCCGCAUCUUUGCCGACCCCGUGCCCGACGACGUCGAGGGGUAUCAUGACGUUAUCACCCACCCCAUGGACAUUUCUACGCUGCGGCUUCACGUCCAGAACCUCAAGUACCGGACAUUCGACGCUUUUGCCGCCGACAUGCGACUCAUCUUUACGAAUUGCAUGACAUACAACCAAGACACGACCAUCUACCACAAAGAAGCCAAACGUCUGGACAAACUCAGCACGGUCUGGCUGGACAAGGCCAUCGCGGCCGCCGCGCAAACUGAAGCAUCGCCAACGUGUAUGUUGGGCACCAGCGGCGCCCUGUCGGCGACAGACGCCAACGACACGGAAACCUCAGGCAUGGUGUUCGAAGGCGAGUGCGACCCGCUGUUAGCCGACGUGGUGUUGGUCCUAUCCGAUCCGAUCGUCAAGUCGGUCUUGUUUGGGGUGUUGUGGCGGACGUUGAACCAGUUGGCCCGUGGCAGCUUCCCCACCGACGACCCCAUGGUGCGCGGGGUCGUCCAGCUGCUGCACAUGGGCAACGUCGGGGCACUGCGGCGGAUGGUGCGUCGGCACGAGUUUGUGCUGCGGUCUCCCCCCGUGCUCAGCCUUCGCGUAGCACUGCCGUUGUACUGCCGGUACCGCCUACUCAAACACCAAGUGUCCACGCCUACUCAAAGGAGCAGCAACAACGACGACGACGACCGAGGUGGAUGGGACGUGCUGCGGACGAACGGGGGCUCCCACCUCCGGAGCAUCGUGCGGCACAUGUUCCUUAUCGCAAUUCAAGACCACUGGCCCGUGGCGUAUGUGCUCAAGAUGGUAGCGUCCAUGGCGGACGACGAAGCCUUUGUCAAAGACUUGGUGUUCCUGCAUGCAUUGGGCCAGUCGCUUGUUGCGUCCAAGCACAAAUACGUGCUCGUGUCGGCCGUGAUGGACCAGAUCUGGCUCCCCGCCGCCGCCGCAGCUUCUUCUUCUCAAGGGGAUGAUGACUCGCCUGGAUGGUUUGUCUGGGUGGAGCCCAUGCAUGUGGUGGCCGCCACACUCUUGGCAUCGUGGACUGCCUCAGACGAUGUGCACCGUGUGGCGGUAUAUGCGACAGCGUUGCUCACGUCCCUCGCCACACUUGGCCGUGUCGACACAGUAUGGGAUGCGACGUGGUUUCAACCGACGUUGCGGCCACUGUACGACCAAAUUCAAGCCAUGUGUCCAUCCGUGGGUCCUACUAGUACUAGUACUAGUAGUCGGAGCCCCCACCACAACAACAACCGAUUGCUAAACCACCCACACGACAGUACUAGUAAUACCCCCCCUCCUACUAGUACGACGACAACGACGACGACGACUAGUAGUAGUAGUAGUACUGGUGCUGGUGGGCAAAGUUAACAAACUUGUGUUGUCGAUACUGUA